GGCGACAUAUGCAUGCAGCAGAAUUCGCGUGCAGUGCGAUGCAUAGGCGGCCGGAUGUCUGUAUGUAUAGCUAGCUAAGACAGCUGCAGCUCGGCAGCAGAUCGGCACACACACGAUAGAAACAAAUAAACUCACACCCGCAGCGCCAUCCAUCCAUCAUGAUGCACCGCUGCACCAGCUGGCAGAAAAGGAAACGGCUCAACCCCGACACAUCACGUCGACAAAUCACUCGAUCCAUCCAUUCCGGGCUUUUUCACACACAGAUGACGCCGAUCCAUCCACCCGUCCACGCGCUUCUCCGUCGUGCACAGGCAGAAAAUCACGUGGAUGGGUGGACGCACGCAAUGUCUGCCUGAACAAAGCUGGGGAGAUGCGAUAGACUGAGGUGUUGCGAUGAAGGCUGGCUGGGUGGGGAAGAAAGAUAGGCCAGUCAUGGGAGGAUGACGCUAUCGUCCUCGAGGUCCUCCUCGUGCAUCAGCUGCUUGUAGUAGUACUGGGUCUUCCGGCACUUGUCGUCAUAGCUCAUCUGACACGACCAGAUGAGUGUGUGUGCGGCAUGUUUGUGUGUGUCUGUCUGUCUGUCUGUCUCGCUCACACGUAGUGUGUGUACCUUGAGGACGUAGUCCUCGCGAAGGUUGUUGCCGAAGUCGAAGGUCAGCUGGAGGACGGCGGGCCUCUUGCCGUCCAGGGUGUGGUGGCUCGUCUUCAACCGAUACACACGAUUCUCACGGUCAACCUUCACACACACACACACAAACACAGACACACACACACACACACACGUGUCCACCCGUCCAUUCAUCCGUUUGUUUCAUCGACGUGUGGGUCGAUGGCGCCCACCUUGAGUGAGAGCAGCCGGGUGCCUCUGACGCCUGACACACUAUCUUUCGUUCUGGUGGGCCGCACAGCGACCACCAGAGAGUCUCGUCUGAACUCCUGCUCCAUCGACGCCGCCGUGGGCGCAUCACGGGGCUGAGAGAAACACAAGACACACACACGCAGACUCCUGGCGACACACGCACACGCCCCUCCAUCCCACCCACCUCGUCAUUGACCCAUCGGCUGGAGUAGGAGGGCUCCUUGGUCCCCAGGGAGAUGGUGCAUGUCGGCAGAUUCUGCGGCCCCCUGCCGUCGAGGACGUCAAUGCGGAUGGCGAAGGAGGGCUUGUCGUAGAUGGCCAGGCAGACGGCAAACUUGUCGACGCCCUGCGCGAAGAAGAGCUUCGAGUCGCUCGGACUCCACUUGACGUUGGUGCUCAGAUACACUAUGCUGCAAUGCAACCCCAUACAACACACACACACACACGAAGGAAGAGAAACAAGAGUGAAACAAGCAGCCAUUUGGAAGUGAUGAAGUGUCCGACUGCCCGUCCCCGCCCAUCCAUCCAUCCAUCCAUCCACUGCCACUGACCGCAGUGGAAACUGUCCGGCCUUGCAGUCGUAUCGCGGUAUGUUCAUCUGACGGGCACACACAACAAUUGAGUCCGUCGAGGAAGGCCUGCCACCCUGCCUGCCUGCACGUCUGCAGGCACUGCCUGCUUACUAGGUCGAGGAACCCUGCAGAGAACCACACACACAGAUAGAUGGCCCACAGGCAGGCUCUGGUCUGGUCUGGUCUGGUCUGGCCUGGUGUUGUGUCCCCCUCCCUCCCUCCCUCCCUCCCACCUAGUUACCGUUGAAUUCCUCCCGCAUGUCUACCGGCACGUCAUAGGUGCGGACGCCGCGCUUGGCCUCCUCACUGCCCUCCGGCAGCGUGGCCUGGCGCUGCAGCUUCGGGUACAGCAGCUCGAAACACUACAUAUGCUCGCAAACAGACAUCCAUCCAUCCAUCGGUGUAUGUCCUCGUGUGCGUGUGUGGUGUGAUUCUAUGCAUGGAUCUGUGGCGCAUCGCAUACCUACCAUUGGGUUAUAGUCUAAGAAGGGAUGCCCGUCUGCAUUGCACUUGACGAGAGAGUCAUUCCGCCCGCUGAACAUCAGCCCUGGCAGCGAAUCUACCAGGCGACACACACGAACCGGCGCAUGAGAUCCAUCACUGUGGAACGUCUUCUCUCCCUCUCCUCUCCUCUGCUGGCCGCUGACCUGGGAAUGCUGUGAGCACCCGACGCGUGCACUCGAACACCUUUCCACCGACGCACACACAAAUCACAUCGCAAGGGCUUGGAUCCGCCAUCAGAGCAAAACAAGGCUGGAGUGACU